GAGACGCGCAAAUAAAGGAAAACGGGAGCGUGGAAGACCGAGCAAGUUCUGGGGCACAAGAAAAUAGCAAUACCGCUAUAUAUUGGAAGAGGACAUAUUUGAUACGAUUCGCUCAACAUACAACGUCAAGAAUACCAUGAAGAUCAUGACAAUGCCAACAGCAUGGGUACUGCCACUGCAGACAACCUUGAGUGGAGGGCGUCUGCGAUGAAGGGGAGCUGCAGGGAGACAGCGCUUUACCUCUGUCAUACGCUGCACACCCCGCGCUGGCUGGAUGCAGGGGAGAAGGCACUCUGCAGUAAGUUCUAGAUUGCGGUGUAGCGUGAGCCCGAGCGUGAUGUUUUAUGGGUCCUCAGCCAGCAUGUCUCUGCCCUCCAAGAGCAAGCUGAAGAGACAGAGCCGAACCUUCACCCAGGUGCUGUACCGCACCCUGAGCUACAGGGACCGCCGCUCCGUCACCGAUCUGCCUGAGCAGGUGACCGAUGACCCGGCCGAGCUCUCCACACAGACGUCCGCCCCAGGGGUGCUCAAGAUUUUCGGGGAUGAGAUCUGUGCCGGGGCCAACUACAAGAGCGUGCUGGCCACGCCCCGCUCCAGCGCCCAGGAGCUCAUCAAGGAGGCCCUGGAGCGCUACUCCCUCAACAAGACCUCUGCCAGCAGUUACGUGCUCUGUGACGUCAUUGGUAAGUUUGAGGGGCCGGAGAAGCGCUGGCGGACAGAGUGCCUCAGGGCCCUGGGGGACAACGAGAAGCCGCUUCUGCUACAGGACCUGUGGAAGCCCAAGGAGGGCUUCGCCCGGAGGUUCGAACUGCGCAGGAGGGCGGAGGUGGAGGAGCUGGCUGCCAAGGAGAAGGACACAGUCACCGCAGGAGCCUACAAAAACUCCCACAUCCUAGCGCCUCCUAUGGGUAGAGCUGGGUAUAUUAAAGCGCGGAAUUCACCCCACUGCCCGCGCUCGGUACAGCCCUCCACUGCUAGUAUUAAAGAUAUCAAUGCCCAGGCCAGGAAGCUUCAGAGGAACCGGGCCAAGGGGACCAUGACCCUGAACCCUGGGGCCACGUUCUGCCGCAGCCUAAGCGAGACAAGCCUGAACCUGGUGGGUGGCCCUGGGGAGGAGCCCAAGAGAUACUACUCCACCCUGCCUGGGCCCCUAAGAGGGCGGAGUGGCAGGGAGCUGCAGGUGGGGCGCAGGAAGGACGAGAGAGAGAGCGGCGGAGUGCGACACUCACUCUACCAGUCCCCACAUCUCCUGCUCCUACAAGGAUACAACAGACAGGACUGCCUGGUGUACCUGUUGAACCGGGACCAGCACACGGUGGGCCAGGAGACAGCCUCGGCGAGGCCCAACAUCUGCCUGUCGUCCCCGGACAUCCUGCCGCUGCACUGCAAGAUCAAGAAGAUCCAGGUGAUGCGGCGCUUCAGCUCCGCCGUGGAGGAGCGGCUGGUGGUGGAGCCGGUGCCGCAGGCCAGUGUCCUUGUCAACUUCUCCCGGGCGGAGCGCAGCACGCGCCUGCGGCACGGCGACCUGCUGUCUUUCGGCGCGCACUACAUCUUCCUCUACAAGGACCCUGUCAGCGCCAAGCCCCUCCCCGCCCAGACUCUGGCCCGCUUGCGGACUCUCGGCCAGCUGUAUGAGGCGGAGAGCGAGGCUGUGGCAGGCGGCGGGGCAGGCGGACAGGCCUGCCGCCUGUGCGGCUCUCUGGUCAGGGACAAAAUGUCGGGACGCCGCAGCUUCAAACCCCACCUGGUCAAAACCCGCAGCCUGCAGAAGAGGAAGCUGCAGCUGGACUUCGAGAAAGCGCACGAGGAUGAGCUGAUCACCCGAAUUAUGUCCCUCAUCGAGCCAGGUGGGGAUGACCACAAACUGACCCCGGCCUUCCUCCUCUGCCUGUGCAUCAAGCACUCAGCCACAGCUUUUGAGCCAGGGAGCUUUGGGAAGCUUCUCCUAAAGAUUGUCAAAAGGAUACAGUCUAUAGCUUGGGAGAAGACAAAGGAAUUGGCACUGAAGCAGGCUCAGCACCAGGACCCUGCAUCCCUCUCUCUCCUCAGCAUCUCAGACCUGGUUCCUGACCUACAGCUUAUCUUCUUCUGGAUGUCCAACGCCAUUGAGAUUCUAUACUUCAUCCAGCAGAAAUCCCCAACCUACAUGCAGGGUAUUGAGAAGCUGGAUCCUAAAGGUUCAAAGGAGUCAUUGCUCUCAGCUACAAUAUCAGCCAAUGAAGAAGCCAUGACAAUACUAGAGGAAGUGAUCAUGUACACAUUUCAGCAGUGUGUUUACUACAUAACCAAGUCUCUGUAUGUGGUCCUUCCUGGACUUCUAGACUGCAACCCCUUCCAGGGGGAGAACAGUGACCCCUGCUGGAGGGGUCUGGGGUCGCCUCCGGAGCCAGUUCGAAAGGUUCUGCAGGUGUUCCAGACCACGCAGGACCUGCUGCAGCAGUACGAGGUCCAUCACGAAAUCCAGUCCCAGAUGUUUGCUUACCUCUUUUUCUUCUCCAACGUGUCUCUCUUCAAUCAGCUACUGGACAAAGGCCCUGCAAGAGGCUGGUUCCAGCGCUCGCGAGUGGUGCAGAUCCAGACCUGCCUCAGAAUGGUGCUGGACUGGGCGGGGAAGAUGGGCCUGGCUCACCUGGCUGACAAGUUCUUUGCCAAACUCUGCAGCACCAUCCGCAUCUUGGCCACGCCCACCCAGCAGCUUGUGCAGAUCAGCUGGAGGGCUCUGUCAGUGGAUCACCCCACUCUCAGACCCGUGCAGCUCCAUCGCAUCCUGACACAGUACCAGCUGGCUGCAGAGCUGGGACCCGUGGCCUUGUGGCAGCCCAGCCAUGAGGAGGAGGCUCAGAUCUACAGAACAGUGGACCUGCUGGAGAGUUUUGAGAACCACCCACCCAUUGUGCUGCCCAGUAGUGGCUUCAAGGUGGAUCUGGAGUCUGAGACUGUGGAUGACAACAUCUACAGGCAGCUGCUGUACAUUCGCCACUUCUUGUGGGGCCUGAGGACCAGGUCACCCUCCACCAAUGGCAGUGCCGACUGGCAGGAGCUUCAGAGGGAGCAGCCGCAGUGCCACAGCAGCCCCAGAGUGGCCGCGGGGUCCCGGGAGGCGCACGGCGCCGAGGAGCGCCUGAGAGAGAAGCUGCAGCAGACGCAGCUGCACGGCAGCCUGCGCAGGAACGGCUCCCUGCGGCCCAGCAUGCAGCCGCUGGACCCCUCCUGCCUGCUCACGCCGCCCAACACCCCGCUCUACCCCGACGUGGGCCUGGCCGAGCGCCCCCAGCUCAACGGCUGCAGCAGGACCCCGCCCGACAUCAAAAAGAUCAACGGCCUGAUCUCCAACGGGAUGGAAGGCAACAUGAGUGGGUCUGACUUCCCUUUCCCAGUCCCCUCCAGUAACGGCUCAGCCUCUGAUGAUUUCUGUUACGUGUUUGUAGUGGAGCUGGACAAGGGACCCUUCGGACUGGGAAUGGGCCUCAUCGAUGGACUGCACACCCCCCUCAACGCUCCCGGGAUCUACAUCAGGACCCUGAUCCCCGACGGGCCAGCAGCGUCUGACGGACGGCUCCGCAUCGGGGACAGGAUCCUGGCUGUGAACGGGACCAGCCUCAUCGGAGCCGACUACCAGAGUGCGGUGGACCUCAUCCGGCUGGGAGGCGGGCGGCUGCGCUUCCUCGUGGCCAAGUCGGAUCUGGAGGUGUCUGAGAAAAUCAGCGCCUCUUCCUGCUGAGCGCUGACAGGAGCGGCGCGGGACGUCCCGCCGCUGCUCACCUGGGGCACCGGAGCUAGCGAGCCGCCGCGGGCCCCCUCUCCCUCGACAGCACAGGCAGUCACGACCUCACUACCUUAAACAGUCAUCACUGACACAAACACUUCCCAGCAAAACUCUCGACCUCCAUCACACACAUCUCAAGGUCAGAUUGAGCUCUUCUUUCGUCUUCACCUCAGGCUGGGCUACAAGGU